CUCCUGGAUGGCCUUUUGGUCAUUUUAACGUCGAUAUUACCGAAGCCACCUCGCUCCUCUUUAUGAUCAGCCGCCUCCCCGUUGCCUCACUUGCGCCCCUUGUGUUCCUCUCUCUCUUGUCAUCUUCGGGUCGAUCUGUCGGCAAUGGCUUCCGUCACGGGAACGGCGAUCUCAAUCUCCGCACGGCCGUCGCGGCGAUCGCUGCAGGUAUUUAAUGGCUUAUCUGUUGUCAAAUCCGUUUCUUUUGCCGGCCAAAGAAAGAGCAUUCCGUCAAUAAGAUCACACCCAGCAACAUCACGCUUUCGGGUUUCUUGUGCUGCCAAACCAGAGACACUGGCGAAGGUUUGUAAUAUAGUGAAGAAGCAGUUGGCACUCCCUGAAAACGCCACUGUCGCUGGACACUCAAAGUUUGCUGAUCUUGGGGCUGAUUCUCUUGACACGGUUGAGGUUGUGAUGGGUCUGGAGGAGGCAUUUGGGAUCACCGUCGAAGAAGACAGCGCCCAGAGCAUUGUGACGGUGCAGGAUGCCGCGGAUCUGAUCGAGGAUCUGGUGUGUGCAAAAUCUGCCUGAGUGAAUCACGAUGGUUCGGAAGACAUGCUUCUUCAUCCUCGAUCUUUUUCAAGUCAUCCUAGUUUUCAACUGCGUCGUAAGGUAGUAGUUUUCUUUCUGUCAAAGGAAAACCCCAAGAAACUGUUUUCAGGCCUUUUAUUUUCUUAUUGGUUUGUGAUUGGAAGUAUCAUGACACACAAUUUCAACUAAGAACCGACAUCUAUAUAUUGUGUGGAUUUUUCUUGCUUUA